UAUAACUCACGUUUUUAUUGGAAGGCUGCUCGAUGACGUAGUUUAAAUGAGUGCGGGCGAUAAUCGUCGCACGUGCCGCUUUUUACACGGCAAACAUGACCAUCAGGACAAAGUUGCUGUUUUUCCUCUUCGUUUCUUGCCAACUGGUCAUGUUGGUGGCUCAACUCGCUUCUUUGGCUGGUACUUACUGGACCUCUUGGCACUUCCGCUAUAACAUGACCAACGUCGAUCACUUCGGUCGCAGCCAGGAAGUCGAAUCUCGUGGACACGCUGGACUGUGGUCGAGAUGCGUGAAAAUCCGCAGAGGGAGAGAAACCAAAGAAGAAUGCUUUUAUAAUUUCGCCAACGCUACUUAUGAAUUCGGAAAAUUCUGCAAGAUCGCCACAUCCGCCGUCUGCGUUUUGCAGUCCACUCUCAAUCUGUUCCUUCUGACGGUAGUCAUAGCAACCGCAUCCCGCAAAAAUGCUGCAUCUGUCUUACGUCAUCUUCGUUCUCCACUCUUCACAUUGCAAGGAACCGUAGCAGCUACGGCGCCAUUAUUAUACGUAAUUGGAAACAUGGCGGAGUUGGUCAAUCACUUAACCACUGCCUACAACCUGUUUUUUGUUAUAGAAGUUAAAGUAUGGUACGUUCAUAACUGGGCAUACUGGAUACAGGUGUCAAUUCUAUAUCUUUGGAUAUUCUCCGUGCUUCCUUAUAUUCAAUUAAGUAGACUUAAAGGCUGGAAUCUUUUUCAUCAAGGUUUACGAUCUUUUUCGAGGAAUGGUGGAUCGGCAGAACUGGGAGAAAUACCUGAAUUAUCGUCACUAAGAAGACGAUCUGACGAUAAUAGAGAUAAUUAAAUAAUAUUUCAGUAUUAAUCAAAUUAUCGCAAAUAAAUUAUAAAGUUACAAUUUAGUUGCGAUAAUUUACAAUAAGUUCAAAUGAAUUUUCGACAUCGUUAAAACGUAUAAUUGUGUGUAAUACUUUUGAUCUCGAUAGCAUAAAAUUAGAAUUUAUUUUCAUUAUUUGACUAAUAAUUAAUAUAUACAAAUACUUUAAUUAUUUUUGUAGUAUAUAGGCUGUUCUUAAGCCUGAAGCAUCAAAUUAUGUGAUUAAUUAAGAAUAUGUAAUUAGUCGAAGAAAAGAGGUGUUUGCUACGCUAGCAAGUUACUAUUGAUCUUUUGGACCAAUAGACGUCAUGAAAAGUAAUUAAUUGUUUUACAUGAUCUCACAAAUAUAAAUCUAUGAUAUAUUAUCGUCAUAUUAAUAAAAAAAACAUUACAGUAAUUUUAAAACUAAUUAUAGUAGAUGAAUCUGAAUUUAUAUUAAUAAAUUGCUAAUUAAAAUAAGUUACGAAUCAUGUUGCAUAGUAGUAUACCGGUUUUUAAAUAGCUUAAGAAACAGACUAGUAUUGCAGUUGAAAUUUAUUUUGUUCGCUAAAAAAUAUCCUUUCGUUAUAGACACAUUUAUAGAGAAUUCGAAUAGAGACCAUCUCUAAACAGCAGCUACGUUUUAGCAACUUACCUUUUAACAAACAUGCUUACGAAAUAAUUUUUAAACAACGGCCACCUCCGAACAGCGGCCAGUUAUGUUUCCGCCAGUGUUCGUUGUUAAGAGGUUUGACUAUAUUUAAUUUCUUCUAUUGUUACAACAAACCUAAUAUUUCAGCUUAAAAUUUACAGCUAGAUAAACUAAUUUUUAACAAUACAAUGAUUCGAUUUCUAAAAAUUAAUCUGAUUAUCUUUCAUAUAGCCAUCAUAUACAAUAGCAUUAUUAAAAAGUAAUUAUUUUUAUUAUAAAUUUUAUAAUAAAAACCUGACAAAAAAUUUUGCCCCCUAUUUGAAGUUUCUGAUUGCUCCGCUAUGCUCUACUAUAUAUCCGGUAUACUCUAUAUAAAUUUCACACGAAUAAGAAAGAGUGAAUUGAAACUUAUUCGCAUAUUUUCUCAGGUCUUCUGUAUUAUAUUGAUAUUUAAUAUUUUUAGAAAUAAAAUUCCAUAGUUUAUAUAUCGAUUUAUAUAAACAAAUAUAUCGAAAGGUUAGAUCUACAUCUAUUGGAGUAUAUUUUAUACACUUUAAUAUAAAAAUGUCAAUAAAAAUAGAAAAUAUUUUCUUUUUCUUUAAAAGAAUGUUAGCCUAAUCUUAUAAAGAAUAUUUACAGAUUAUUAAUGAAAAUACACGCACAUACGCACGCACAUGUAAAUACAAGUACAUACAUAUACAUACAGAUAUACAUAUUUAUAAAAAUUAAACAGUUUCUUACGCUUUUUUCUUAUUUUCGAAAGAUUAAUCUUCUUUCUAUUUUCUGAAAGCUAUUGUAUUAUAUAUGCUGCAUAGAGUAUUAAAAAAUAAAGUAAAAUUUGAUGUUAUAACAAGGAAAGUUCAUUAAUUCUAUGCUGUGUUUGUAAACACGAAAUAGAACGGUAACCGUGUAAAAUUUUAUGGUUUUUGUGUAAGAUUGAUCUCAAUGUUAUUCUGAGAAAUGGAAAGUAUCAUUGUUAUAGAGCUGCCAGAACGAAAUCGUAAAAUUUCUCUUCUUACUUUACAUUCGAUUUAUGUGAAGAAGAGUACGAGAUCAAUGCUCUUGUCUCUCGAUACUUCUUACAAUUCCGGUGACGGUUUAAAAUACAAAAAUAAAAAGAAUUUACGUACAAGAAUUUAUACAGUUUAUGUGAAAAGUAUUAAUGUAUAUAAUAUAUAAUUUUGUACAAAUG